CUCUAGCGUUAACAAUGUGGUUGAAAGGUGCUAUAGAUAUUCACAGUUCAAACUCACAAACAGAAAGUUUCUUUAAGCAGUUGUUCAGAAGUCAAUCUCCUCUUUUGACAGCUACCGAGUGAGUGGGUGCAUAUGUCCUUUUAUACUCUAGAGGACUGAGUUUUUUUUCAGUACCAUGGGCCACAGGAGGAGAGGUCACACUCAUGCCCCUAAAACACCUCCAUGUUUAAACACACACUCCUCCAACACAGUCCAGCAUGCUGAUCAUGAGCAGAGCAUCAAACACAGCAUAUGUAUGGUGUCAGACUUCUUCUACCCAAACAUGGGUGGCGUGGAGAGUCACAUCUACCAGCUCUCACAGUGCCUCAUUGAGAAGGGCCACAAGGUUGUAAUAGCGACACAUGCGUAUGGGGACCGCCGUGGAAUUCGCUACCUGACCAACGGGCUGAAAGUCUAUUACCUACCACUGCAGGUGAUGUAUAACCAGUCCACAUCCACCACCUGCUUUCACAGUUUGCCGUUGCUCCGGUGUAUAUUUGUUCGUGAAUGCAUCACAAUCGUUCACGCUCACAGCUCCUUCUCCGCGAUGGCCCAUGAUGCUUUGUUCCACGCCAAGACUAUGGGACUUAACACGGUCUUCACAGAUCACUCUCUCUUUGGAUUUGCGGACCUGAGCUCUGUCCUGACCAACAAGCUGCUGACUGUCUCUCUGUGUGACACUAAUCACAUUGUGUGCGUGUCGUACACUAGUAAAGAAAACACUGUACUGCGGGCUGCUCUCGAUCCUGAGAUCGUCUCUGUCAUCCCGAAUGCAGUCGACCCCACUGACUUCACCCCUGACCCCUGUCGGCGCGACAAUAGCAAAAUCACCAUUGUGGUCAUCAGUCGACUGGUUUACAGGAAAGGCAUAGAUUUACUAAGUGGAAUCAUUCCUGAACUAUGUGGAAGGCAUCCGGAUCUCUGCUUUCUGAUUGGCGGAGAGGGACCCAAAAGAAUCAUAUUGGAAGAGGUUCGAGAGAAAUAUCAGCUUCAUGACAGGGUUCGUCUGCUGGGAGCUCUGGAUCAUAAAGAUGUGAGGGAUGUCCUUGUUCAGGGUCACAUUUUUCUCAACACAUCUCUCACUGAGGCCUUCUGUAUGGCAAUUGUGGAGGGAGCCAGCUGUGGUCUGCAGGUGGUGAGCACGCGUGUUGGAGGAAUACCUGAAGUCUUGCCGAAUGAGUUGGUGACUCUGUGUGAACCGUCAGUUUGCUCACUUUGCGACGGCUUGGAAACUGUUAUUGAAAAAAUAAGAAGUGGAAAUGUGGAGUCUCCUGCUGCUAUUCACCGCAAAGUCCAAACACUGUACACCUGGAGAAAUGUUGCUGAGCGCACAGAAAAGGUGUAUAAUCGAGUGUGCAGAGAGCCUGUUCUGCCGUUAUCUGCACGACUGCAUCGACUGCGCUCUCACUGCGGUGCAGUCGCCGGCUCCAUCUUCUCCUUCAUUGCUGUUAUCAACUUCCUCUUCCUGCUCUUCCUGCAGUGGCUCAGGCCUGACAGUCUGAUCGACGUGGCUGUAGACGCUUCAGGUCCUCACAGCCGCUUAAAACAGCAGGUCAGUCAGAAAACGAGUAAAACAGCAAACCCUAAUAAUCUCACAUGACCUCACGUUAGUCUCACCAUGACCUUUAUUUAGAGGGGGAGAUGUGAAAAAUGCACUCAUGUUGUGAAACUGUUGUACCCUAACUGCUCCUGUUUACAUUCCUAUUGAAAACCAAGAGCUCAGGUGUAAAGAGAGCUAUUAAGAGCUAUUAUUCUCAAGCACUCCUGCUGUCCACAGCCUGCUUUGCACAUUGAAAAGCUGCCUUUAACUGAACCCCCCUCCCCAUCAGAAGGUAGUCUGAGUUUGUUGAGAUGGUUGCACAAGUUCUUUUUAAAAUGUCUGGAUUCAAUAUGAAUGAGGAUUUCACAGUAUGUGUACGUGUUUUAAACUGACACAAAUAAGCCGAACUGAAGUUUUUAAUGCCAAACACACAGUUUGUGAGCAUUUGCAGAAGCUGUGAGAUUUAAAAAAGCAUCAUAUCUGUUCAUUUCUGUAAUCUGACAGUACUUGUUUCUUUUUUUUAACUGGUUUUUACUUGCAUUGCUGCUUUUUGAUGGUUGACGUAACCCAAAUACUUCAUUUUUGGACUCAGUUUUCUGUCGCAUAAUGUUUCAUUCUUGGUUUCUUUUACACCUAUUUUGUAUGACCUUCUCUGUGAGUAUUGUGAAUAUAAUUAUACUGCACAACUGUUCUUCUACCUAAAAGUGGUGUUUGAAUUAUUUUUGUUGACAGUCUACAAUAA